CAAUGUGUAUUAUCUAGAGGAAAACCUAGCAGCAAAAGGCACACAAGAAAGAUAGCGCUUCAGUGAAAAACUGAGCAUGAUUCCCGGGAAGGCCCCACUGAGCCAGUGGGUCUAAUUAAUUAUCAUUGUAAAGGAGAUACGAACUUCCAGGGCUGCAUACUAACACAAGAUCCAGAAUUCCAAUCAACAUGGAUAUCGAUAUGUAGUACGUGUGUUUCUCGUUAGCAAGUGCAGAGUUUGACACGACAAGGUGGACAUGACCACAGCGUAUUUUUCUACCAUGUCUAGUCUUCCUCCCCCGGAGCUACAACUCCAUCCAGAUUCUGCCAUCACGGGUACCAUUCUUGCCGAAUCCACCCAAACCCCUCAUCGGAGACAAAAAUGCCACCCCUUAAAGAAUUUCGGGGAAGACUCUGCAUCUUGGCCACAGGAAGACAAUGGAUCAGAGAACGAUUCCUCCAAAGGCGUCUCAUAUUCUUCUGUUUUUGCCUUCGAUUCGGUUCUGGGAGUCGUCGUCUGUUCUUCUUUGUUGUCUCGUACUCGCCCGCCGUGUGGCGGCAAGAAUUGGAAAGAUACCGAUGGGAUUUUUGUGCGAAGAUCAAAUUCCAUCAACCGUACCGUUACGAACCGUACGGAAAGGUACGUAGGUAAGUAGGCACACUGGUAAAUGCAGCUGGCUUUUUUUCUUUUUUUGACAUCUGUUCUAACCCCGCGUGAAGGAAAACUGCCAUCUGGGGAAACUUGACUAGAUUCGUUUGGAUUCUGGUUUUCUUUUUUUGGAUUGGUGGGAGUUCCCUAACGGCCAGAAAAUGGCGCCAACACGGCGCGCUCGAGGCGGGGGGGCUUCCACUAUGAGGGAUUACAGUACGAAGUAGAUGUAGCACAUAUUACAAUCACGAGUCAGCAUGGGACACAAAAUUCAAAUCGGUGGGAAAAUCCGGAAAACGGAAGGAGAAGGGCACGCAGAUGGAUCCGAUCGAUCGAUGUAAACCCGGUUUGGAACACCUGCUCAACCGUCUGGAUAGGGAACAAAAGACAGAUGAGAGAGGGCACUAUAGCUCUCUAGGUGCAAAAAGAUCGUUUUGAUUCCCUGCGGGUACGUAGCGACACUCUGACUCUGCCGCACCCCUGCCGUUUGUGCCGGACUACAAAAUGUUCCAUAAAAUUACAAAGUGGGUACUGAUUCCUCGAUCGUGGAAACCAUCGAUGAGGAAGUCGGUAUUCUCAUCUGCAGUGACUCUUCUGCACAUAAAACGUUUGAACCACUUUUCGACGUCUUCAUCGGCGUGUCAUUCACCAUGAGCGAGGACGAAGACGAAGACGGGAGCGACGACAACGGCAUCGCCAGCAACGAAUACAAAAACGGGUGCGAUGACCCCUACGAAAAGGCGAAACGGCAGCUGGCGCUUUUUUUCGAAAAAGAAUCCGCCUUCCCCGAGGACCUCCGUAGCUUUCUGAAGGGACAGAUCGAGCUGUUUGUUGUCCACGCCACGUCCCGCGCCAAUGCAUGGCUCUGCGACCUCGCCGUCGACCACCGGAAAAAGGAGGUGGACUACGGGAGGCACAUCCGGGCUGUAGCGGAGGUCUUUCCCGAUUCCCUACUGCACCGGAGCUCUAGCGACCACAGCACCUGCCCCAUCACAGCGGCCUGCGGCCAUCAUCUCACGGUGGAGGGCCCGGGUGGGGAGUGCCUGCAGAGGCGGUGGGUGUCCAGCUGCGAGACCAUACGCUACGUGCCGCUGCUGGCGCGGCUGGGACAAAAGCACCACAAACACCUGUAUGGAGGGGCUGGCGGCACCGAUAGGAACCACAACAGCAGCAACGGAACCAGGCCGCAACCGGUGACCCCGGAACGAGAGCGGGUCCGAGUCCAGGGACGAAAUAAACCACCCCGCCAUCGCCAUUCGUGCCCGCUCACCCCUCUCCGGACGGCCCUGGAGCACCUUACCAACUGCACCGAGGAGGACGAACAAGGGGACAGCCCCUCCCACCAGCACGCGGUCGACGUCUUUUCCGCGAGGGCGAUGGAGCGGCUCCGGGAGUCCGGCCUGCUUUCGGACGGCGACAUCGAGCGCUGCAACCUCGUCGACGUCUGCCUCCUGCGAUGGGGAGUUCCCCGGACCCUCGAGCGGCUGCGCUUUCUGGUGGGGGUCCACCCGGGCUCGCUCCGGGCCGGCCGACGGGGGGAUCUCCGUGCCCCCUCCAGCCGUGCGACACCGUACACCCGAGCGGAGGGAGACACACUCCUCCACGCGUCCGUCAAGUCGUCCCUCGACCGGACCGACCUCGGCGCCUUUCGGUGCGUCCUCGAGCUCGGGAUCGAGCACUUUGCGGCCGACCUGGGAUUUUUGUUCCACGCCAACCCCCGGGGGGCGACGCCCUACCGGCUCGCCUGCGCCUGGUUCGGGGUCCACAAGACCCUCUCCGCCGUCCGCGCUGUGGUGGUGGCCGGCGGUGCCGUCUCGGGCGAAUCCUUUUUGAGGGCCGCGUCCGAUCCAGAAAUCCAUUUGGACAGCCUGCAGUUCCAGCUCGAACAGUGCCCCUCUCUGUUGCCCCAACUCCUCGGGAGACUCCCUGCUCCGCCUGUGACGCAGCCAGGCACGACCAAGCGAAAGCGUGCCCAAGAACCCGCAACCCACCGGGCGAUCUGGAAGGGGCGAUGCACAUUGGGCUUGCCACCGGUGCAGCGAAAGACCUUCCACCAGGCGGUUGUCCCUUCCGAGUGGGACUCCCCGCGGAAAUACCCCCGGAGCCACGAAAUUGUCACCGACUCGUUCGGGGCGGUGGAACUUCUGCCGCCAGCACCCCGUGCGAGCCGGAGGCUGUCGCUGGGUCGGUAGUGGAAUUUUUUUGGUUUGGGUCCGUGGAUUGCCGCCUCGGUGCCACGCGAUCCUUUCUUUAUCGUGACUGUUUCCGGGUCUAAUUAACCCAAAGACAGCGA